AUGUUGCCCGUUAAGUUGUAUUGCAGCGAUCGCAUCAAAAGAUUCACAUUAGAUGAAUCCAAAGACCUGUAUUUGCAGCUGAACCACACGGCGAAGUUGAUUUUUCCUGAUUUGGAUCCAGAGAAGUCCAGAUUCUUUUGGAAAGAUGAAGAAGGCGAUUUGAUAUACAUCACCUGCGACGAAGAUAUGAAGGAGGGCAUUAGGUGUAUGCAAGGCAGCACUACAUUCCGUAUCUUCUUUUUUAACGAUGAGAAAGAAGACAAUGUUGGAUUGAAGAACUUGACAUUUUCCUCGUCCAGUUAUCCAGACAGGCGUGAACGAACAACAGUACCUGGAAUUAUCUGCGAUGGCUGCAAUACCGAGGUGGUCACUCCUCGUUAUAAAUGCCUGAUUUGUCCAGAUUACGAUCUUUGCUUCAAAUGUGAAGCGAAGGGAGUACAUGAUUAUCACCCCAUGGUUAGAGUUAUGGGAAGAGACGGCUUUGCAACCUUGGUAUCGAUACUACUGUCGAUGUUGAAACAAGUGGUUCAGCAGAAAGACCAGAAGACGACGAGGCGAAUGGAAAGUCAUGUUCGGGAUGCAGUGCAACUGCGCCAGCGCAACAAGGCUGCGUCGAUGUGGAGAAAAAGGCAGUUGUGUCUGAUACAGAUUUUCCUCGUGCUGCGCCGAUUAACACUGUGA